AUGACAUCUACAUCCUCGAAGCGUAGAGCAGACAACGAGCUGGCCUCAUCACCACCAGUCAAGCGAUCGCGCACCGAGAAGCCGACAUUACCAUCCGCAUCUCCGCCGCAACCCUCGUCACCAAGGCGAAGGACUCCCCGCCCAGCUAUCCGCCAACCCUCUACCUCCCCAACACCCUCGGUAUCCGCCUCGCUGGACGAGGCAACCACCAGUGCAGAGAUGGACCCCCUCCUCCACCGCGUAAAAUCCUGCAUCAACUACACCGUCACCCACUACCAUCUCAACACCACCCCAGCGCAAACAACGCGCUUCUCCAUUCCAGCCAACGCCAGAAAGCCCACUACGCUCGUCGCCCUGAACCUUCUCCGCACCCACGCCACACUCGUAGCUUCAUCACCCCUCUUCGAGAUCUAAUGAAUUCGGC